AUAAGCACCGUUAAUUCCAUACCUACCUGGAGUGAAUAUGCAUCUACUCACCGUACCUUCCUGGCUCAUUCUGACCAAUGCCAGAAUUACUCCACCGCCAACAAGUUGGAGACGGGCAACGACAGGUCGAGGACAAUAACGUAUGUUGAGGGGGAAGACACUUCGGCAAGGUGGGACCACGAAAAGUGAAGCUGUCCUUACCUGGUAGCCUGGUGACCUACCCUCCGCUCUAUUCUACCUGCCCAACUUACGCGUAUCCCUUGCCCAAUGCCACCACGUACCAUCUGACGGCCUACCUCUCGGCUUGGUCCAGCUCCCACAUCCACCAUCAGCCAUGUCGCGUUCAUUGGACAAGGGUAUUCUAGCCAGUCUUGAAGCAGAAAAUCCAAAGCCAGCAUAUAACGACAUCUCGAGUCUUCUCACUGGCAUGUCCGAGGGCGAGUUGUUGGAGAUCGAAUUGCUCGGGAAGAGUCAUCCGCUGCAGCCAGGCAUCAACUACCUCAGAGAUGGUACAGCCGUAGCAAUCCCCAAGCUGAGGCUAUUCCAGGCGUUUUUUGUUGCCCGCCAGAUGCUAGACGACUACCGGAAUAAGGAUAAUCUCGUUGGUUCGUACGAAGCGCAGGCGGCGACAACCGUGGUGCUCCUUACGGAUCCGGAGCACCUCACGGCUGCUAACACUCGGAAACGACUGCUCGCAUCGUCGAUUUUGGAAGCGGGCAGCCCGGAUGUGGGGGCGCUGCUAAGGCGGGAGAAGCAGUUUGUCGACAGCCUGCUCACGUCGAGGCUCUAUCGCCACGCCAAGUCCCCAACUCUAUGGUCGCAUCGCCGUUGGCUGCUUCGCCAAUUUGCGGCCCACGGCGUAGUUGUAGAUCCGCGGCACGAUAUCAAGAACAUCAUCAUGGUUGCGGGGACACGGCAUCCCCGGAACUAUCCCGCCUGGCACCAUGCCCGGUUCCUACUGGGUUGCCAUCCUCAGUUUGCCGCGCCCGUUGCCACCGAUGUGAAAGAGUUCUGUUUAAGAAACCACGCCGAUAUUUCCAGCUGGAGCUUUCUCGGCUCUGUUAUAGGAGCUAUCGGCAGCAGAGAAACCCGUUGCCAGAUGGGCUCGUCUUUCCUUACCGAGAUCCUUCAGAUCACGGACUCAUUGCGCUGGAAAAACGAAUCAGUCUGGGUAUUCCUGCGCAGCGUGGCAACAGCGGAAUUUGUUAGCGAAGGACAGUUCGAGUCGAUUCUGGCCGUCAACAAGAGGCUUGCUUCUGUAACACCGAAAGACGACGACCAGUGGAGAAUUUUAGAUAGUGCACGGCGGUGGUGUGAUGCGAACCGCAUUCUAGGCGAAUCAACAGGCAGUUGACUCCGACUUGGCGAAGACGCAAUUCGGACAAGCAAGGCCGCCAACCGGGUAAGAGGGCAUAGCCAUUGAACGUCGGCGGCGACGCUAGCAUCGUAGCCCACUCGCCGAUCGCCGGCCCGAGAAACGUGCUUCGCAGUAAGAGAACAAUGAGUUCUCCGAUUUCGCGCUCUUCCUCCUGUAAAAGGGGACUGGAAUUGGGGCUUUGCCAGCAGCCAAACCGCCGGUGGCAGACGGGGUUGGAGCCGGCGCGUGUUCUA